AUUGAGAAACUCUUGUCUUUUAGUCAGUCAAGAUUCCGUUAUUUUGAGAAUUGAAUGGGGAAUCUUUUGAGAAAAAGGCGAGGUCUGAGCAAUAAAAACUGCAUGAGAUAUUCACGAAAUACUGAGACCACUAUUCUUUAUGGGCCACCCGUUAAUUAUGCGUCCACUUUGCCAUUUUGUUAUUUCUGUUUCAUAAAAGCUGAAAGGCUAAGAAUGGCUGUGCUACAUAGAGAACAUUAAACAAAUCAAAUCAAAUCAAAUCAAAUCAAAUCAAAUCAAAUUUAUUUUAUGGCAAAAAUCAAGAUUAAAAUCACCUUUUUACAUGUUGAAAUGGUGAAAGGUGAUUUUAAUCUUGAUUUUUCCGUAAAAUUUUUCACCUUAACAAGGAAUCGAAUUUAUUUUUACCAUAGAUGUGAUAAGAUAGAGACAGAUAGAACACAAUGCUGUUAUAAACUCAGUGGUAGAUUAGAGCACUGAAGCAUAGCACACGAAGUACGUGUGUGUAGCGGCAGAAUAGAAACAAAGAUACGCGUGCACACAUUAAAACAAGAUGUCCAUUGAUAAGUCGUCCAACAAGCAGACGCAUGUUGAUCGGAAAGCGCAUGCGAACAUCGAGACUUUUGAAAUCGAAGAACAAGAAGGUGGUAACAACGUUAUCACACUUGAUGGUCAGACCAUUAACAACAGGCCUGGAAAUGAGCAGGUGUGUUUUUACGACUUCGUUGUUCAUUAAAGUUUUAUGACGUUACAUCUCAUGGUCAAAACGUACACACAUGUUGUUGUCGAGUUCUAACAGGGCAUAGAGGGCGAACAGGAGAGAAUGAUGAUAAGCGAUGGGGAUAAAGUUUUGAAACUCACCAGGACGAUGUGUCGGAAUGACGCACUGGAAUUCACCUUUACGCUUUCGAUGAUUUCUUAAUGGUGCUUAGUUACCAAUAACUACUCAUCUUUGUCGCUACUGAAAAAUAAUUGUUCUUUGAUUUUUAAGCGUCGAGGCUCAUCCAAAAAUCAGAAGAAGGUGAAAGGUCAUAAAAAGCAAAGCCGAGUGGUGGUGAACGAUGACGACGUUCGGAGCAAAGAAACAGCAAUUACACCCGAUGAUGGAGAGAUGACUGACCGACGACAAGUAACGAACAACUACGAGAUCAAGAGUGAUUUACCACGCACGUUUGACAGACUGCAUCUAAACCUGAAUGGAGAAGAAACAAUUGACCAGAGACAAGUGACACUAGCAGCGGAGGAUGAUGAUAACACAACUGGCUACUCUAUCAAUCAAAAUUAUCGAGUCCUAGAUGCUUUUACUGGAGAACAAAAUCUGACAGCUUUUUUUCAACGAUACAUGAUCACCGAUAUCCAAAUGAACCUUAGUCCUAUUGUGGGAUAUGCCGAAGAGCAUUUGUUGCCACUUUCCAAAGCAUGUGUUCCGCUGACCAACAUCAUCCACGAUUUAUCAGUAUACGUUCAAAUGGCACUCGAUGAAACCCCAGACGACCCACCCGACGGACUGACGAUCGAUGAGAGCGCUGCAAUUCGCCUCUACACGAUCGAAUGGGAAGGAGAACACCGAAGUCUCUAUUCGAUGCUUAAUUACGCCCUCAAGAAAGCGAAUCGCGAGGAUCUUCGACCCUUUUUCAAGUAUCUGAAACUGUUCUUGACUGCCCUGGCCAAACUACCAUGUGUUCCACCGCUGACCGUCUGGCGAGGGGUAACCAAAAAUUUGAGCGCGGAUUUUCCGCCGGGCACCCCAGUAACAUGGUGGGCAUUUUCAUCAUGCACAACUGCACUGACCGUGCUCGAGAACAAUAUGUAUUUAGGCAAUAAAGGUGAGCGAACGCUCUUCUCCGUUGAAGCCAUUAACGGUCGAACAGUACAAGCUCAUUCGCAUUUCGUUACCGAAGAUGAAAUUCUUCUUCUGCCCGGCACUUACAUGGUGGUUCAAUCACAAUUCAGUCCGGCGCCCGAUCUCCACAUCAUUCAUUUGAAACAGAUGAUACCGGAGGAAAUGCUGCUGGAGCCUCCAUUCGAAGGUAUUUUGAACACGUUCAAUCGCUUGUUUUAA